UCGUUUCUCGGCCAUUUUUGUUGCGUCAACGUCAAAGUGCGGGCAGGGGCCUCCUCUGUGCUCUCCUAUCAGAGCCAGUCUCCGAUAUUCCUUUGUAUCGCGUGCAGCGAAAGACUGAUAGUCACCGUCGACGUAUCAUUCCGCGAAUAACCGAUAAGAGUUUCAUUACGGUAUAACAGGUACAACGUCACAGCAAACGUAUUUACUGACCACUCCGUGAGACUACAAAGAGAAAGAGAAGGAAGAAAGGGGUGAGAGAGAGAGAGAGAGAGAGAAAAGAGAAAGAGAGAGAGAGAGAGAGCGCGUGGCCGUGUUGGGAACUUUUUCGCGUGACUCGACUUGAGAUCGGCGUUGUGUGAGGACGAGCUAAAAGAGCUUCAGCGAACGAGCUACGAAAACUACGCACCGAGGCGGAGUAAUAUGAGUAAUGCAGCCAACCAGAAUGGAUCAGGUCUAGAGCAGCAGUUAGCUGGUCUGGACUUGCAGGGCUCCCGCCAACCAAGUGGGGGUCGCUACGUGCCACCGCACCUGCGUCAUAAAGCUGGAAGUAACGCACUUUCGGAUUUACAAUACUCUUCCAACUCGAGGCCGUUUGGCGACAGAGAUAGAGGCGAAGAUCGCGAUCGUGAUCGUGAAAGGGACAGGGAUAGGGAUAGGGGCAGAGGUGGUUACAGGGACACGCGUAGUCCCCGCGACAUCGAUUUCGCGAACUUCGGGAGCUUCGGUGGACGCAAUCGACGCAGCCAGGAAAAUGGAAGAGACUACAGGUAUUCCAACUCAGAACGCGAUCGGCCGAUUAGCACCGGCAAUGAUCGUUGGCAAGAACCGAGAAACGAUCGUUGGCAAGAGAACAGAAAUGACAGAAUGGGAAGCAGCGGUGGCGGCAGCCGAUGGGGCGACGAUAGAGGCGGCAGAGGCGGAAGAGGCGAAGUCGACUGGACGAUCCCUACUUCUAGAGAUGAACGAUUGGAGGUGGAGCUGUUUGGCUCUGGAAAUACUGGGAUCAAUUUUAGCAAAUACGAGGAUAUCCCAGUUGAGGCUACUGGAGAGAACAUACCUCUACACAUCACAUCUUUUGACGAGGUUAAGCUGACGGAGAUAAUAAAGAACAGCAUCGCCUUGGCAGGAUAUGACAAGCCUACGCCAGUGCAAAAAUAUGCGAUUCCGAUCAUCAUCGGACGCCGUGACGUAAUGGCCUGCGCCCAAACAGGGUCCGGUAAAACAGCGGCCUUUCUAGUGCCAAUAUUGAACCAGAUUUACGAGAGUGGACCGCGUCCACCGCCACCGCAAGCGAGCACCGGCAGACGCAAGCAGUAUCCGUUGGGCUUAGUGUUGGCUCCUACACGAGAGCUCGCCACACAAAUCUACGACGAAGCACGAAAGUUUGCGUAUAGAUCGCGUAUGCGUCCUGCGGUCGUCUAUGGCGGCUCCAAUAUAGUAGACCAAAUGCGCGAAUUAGAUCGCGGUUGCCACUUGCUCGUUGCAACGCCUGGACGUCUAGUAGACAUGCUGGGACGCGGCAAAAUCGGCUUGCACAAUUGCCGAUAUUUAGUUCUCGAUGAAGCGGACCGUAUGUUGGAUAUGGGGUUCGAGCCGCAAAUACGACGCAUUGUUCAGCAAGACAACAUGCCGCCAACAGGAGAGAGACAGACUCUCAUGUUCUCCGCUACUUUCCCGAAGGAGAUUCAGAUAUUGGCUAGAGAUUUUCUUAGUAACUACAUUUUCUUGGCGGUCGGUCGCGUGGGCUCGACCUCUGAGAAUAUUACGCAGAAGAUUGUGUGGGUAGAAGAGCACGAUAAACGUUCUUAUUUACUCGAUCUGUUGCAAGCCAGCAACUUUGCCGAUUCUUCUGCUGAGUCGCUCACUCUAGUGUUCGUGGAGACGAAGAAAGGAGCCGACAUGCUCGAGGAAUAUCUGGCUCAAAUGGGAUACCCGGUAACUAGCAUUCACGGCGACAGAACUCAGCGCGAACGAGAAGAAGCUCUGCGCCGCUUCCGCGCUGGUAAAGCGCCGAUUCUUGUAGCAACCGCUGUGGCUGCGCGUGGUCUUGAUAUACCGCACGUUAAACACGUCAUUAACUUCGAUUUACCCGGUGAUGUCGAAGAAUACGUUCAUCGUAUCGGUCGUACUGGUCGUAUGGGCAACUUAGGACUGGCAACGUCGUUCUUCAAUCACAAGAAUCAUAAUCUAAUACGUGAUUUAGUGUGCCUACUCAUCGAAGCUAAUCAAGAACUUCCAACCUGGUUGGACGACAUGUAUACCGAAACAAGAUACUCCGGUGUUGGGUCUCGACGUACCGGCGGUGGCGGUGGCGGUGGCGGCGGCGGCGGCGGCGGCGGCGGCGGCGGCGGUACUAAACGUUUUAGCGGCGGUGGUUUCGGUGCAAGAGAUUAUCGUCAACAACCCAGUUCUGGUUCCGCUCGUAAUAAUAGCUCUUCCAGACCAGGCGGUUACGGAGGUGGCUAUUCAAGUUACGGAGGCAAUUAUAAUAAUUCAUCGUACAAUAAUUCCACUAACAAUGGCAACAGUAAUGGCCCUGACUGGUGGGGAGGAUGGGAUAAGUAGGCGAUUAUUUCCAGCUAUAUUUCUAUCAUCAUUAUUAUUAUUACUCUCUACUUGAAAAUUAAAUUAUAUGUAAGAGAAACAUGUCAUUAUACAUCAAAACACUACACACGUGUUUUGCGCGCGUAUACAUGUAUAGUCGGCAUCAGAAGUGUUGAGCACUUUUCGUUUGGUAUCGACUAGUUAUAUGGUUUGAUUUUUUUGUAAAGUGGGGCUAAUAACUAUAGUUAGCCAAAUAGAAAACCCAAUGUGUUAGGUUAGUAGAAUGAUUCAGCACAACAUUCAUAUACUAAAUCAUUCGCCUAAACGGAGAUAUCGUUGACACUUUGGUAAUUAUUAUUAUUAUUAUUUUCAAAUUACGUCAAGAUAAUUCCAUGCGAGUAAAUUACGGAAUGUAAAGAACGAUAUAUAAUGAUAAAUUGGGUGGAUAACGAGACAGUAUGUAAGAGUGUCCUGAAAAGAGUCGAUAUCUAUGGGAGAAAAAAAAACGAUAAAAAGUACCCUGACUAUUUCUUGACGCCGGCUAUAUAUUGUAGAGUACAGAAACAAUUUCACCUAUAACACACCCACGUUCGCUGACUACCCAUGCACUACGGUUUUUCAAUGGGAAGCAGAAAGGAAAAAACCCACUUUGUUUAAAUUCCAUUUGUAUUACAUUUGUUCACGUGCGACAUUGACAAAUCCUGUGUGCAAUUGAGUAUUCACACCGGCGGUGGACCGCUGGGGGGGAAUAUUUCGAACGUAAAUGAUCUCACUAUGAAACAUGCGAGUAUCGUGAAUGGGAUUUGUUCAAACAACACUAUUACUAUUACUACUAUUACUACUACUAUUACUACUAUAGUUAGAAAUCCAUCCAACAUUUCGUUGCCGUACGUGCUGACGAACACAAGUAGUAUAAUCACUAACGAAUCAAAGUCGGUAAAGAAAAGAAAAAGAAAAAAAAGAAAUCGAUAAAGCGUUAAUGCCCAUCCGAACGGGAAGAACGAUGUAACACAUAGUAGUGGAGAAAUCUAGUAAAAUUUUUUAGAACUCCUGUCGAGACUAUGGCGCUCAGCUGAAGUAGCUUUAGUCUUUAUAUUACUAUUAUUAUUAUUAUAUUAUUUUUCGUAGAGGCUGCGGUGAGCGUAUCUUCGGUAAUUACGGCGUCUAACGGUCAUAAACAUUUCAAUGCACAAACAGUUUAUUGCCCUUGCUGUUACAAUGGCCAGUAAAAAGUUUUGCGUAGUUCCGUUCGAAUGGAUGGCACAGUUUCUUUGGGUUGUAUACGUAUACGUGUACGUUCAUUUCAAAUGCCUAGGAUACGCCGAACCACCGUUGCCAUAGUUCACAUGACGAUAAACUUUAUUUUUUUUGCUCUUAAUUUGCUAGUAUAGUUUAGCGACGAAUGGUACUUUGUUGUUUUGCCGUCCCCAGAAACAGACGACGUUGCGCCGGCAAAUGUUACGGUUUACUGAAAUAAGCCAAUAAGUAAAAUUUUCAGGGAGCGUAAGUUUCGGUGUUGAGAGAAAGAAAAAAGGAGAAAGAGAGGGGGGCAGAGAGAAAGAGAGCAAGAAAUAGAGGAAAAAAAGGAGAAAAUGGCAAUACAGGCUACGUCUUAGCAUACUUUUAGGAAUCUUGAAACAUUUUUGUUAUUAGCUUAUAAUGUAUACACAAAUACACACACACACACAUA